UACAUUGAAAUUGAAAACAAUAAUUUAAAAAUAGAGAAGAUUAAUGUAAUAAUUAAGUACUAGCUGUGUCUGUGCAAAGAUUUUGGAUGUUGUAUCAAAUAGAAUUUAUGACUUACGAAAGUAGAAGUACUAAUUCUAUUAUAUUAACAUGAUGAAUGGAUUUAUAGCCGUUCACUGUGGAGCUGGUUAUCACAGUGAUUCUUUAAGAAAAGACUAUAAAAAAAUGUGCCAAAGUGCAUGCCUUAAGGCUGCUGAAGCGCUCUCUCAAGGUGGAAAUGCUGUAGACGCGGUAGAAAAGGCCAUUAUUGAAUUAGAAAAUAGCCCUUUGACAAAUGCUGGGUAUGGAUCAAAUUUAAGUUGGGAGGGGUUAGUUGAAUGUGAUGCUUCAAUAAUGAAUGGACAAACAUUACAUUUUGGUGCGUGCGGUGCAGUGUCUAAUGUUUGGAACCCCAUUACAUUAGCUAAACAACUUUGUAUAAAGCAAUGUGAGAGUCUUUCUUUAGGACGUGUACCACCUUGUAUACUCACUGGAAAUGGUGCUAAAACAUGGGCUGAACGAAUGGGUCUGCAAAUCGUUGAAGAACAAAAAAUGAUAUCAAGUCGUGCUUUCCGUAAUUUUAAACAUUGUAAACGAAAAUUAAAAAGAUAUUCAGUUCAGAAUGCUUUAAAGUUUAGUCCUUUAGAUACAGUAGGGGCUAUUUGUGUUGAUGCCAAUGGAGUUGUAGCAUCAGGGGCGAGUUCAGGAGGAGUAUCUCUUAAACAUGAAGGAAGAGUGGGGCAAGCUGCAUCGUUUGGAAGUGGUGUAUGGGCUGUUAUGAGUCGGGACGGAAUACAACCCUCUAUUGCAUCUUGCACUUCAGGGUGUGGAGAACACUUAAUAAGAACUCAGUUAGCUAAGAAUUCAGCUGAGAGCUUGUUAGAAUCAUCUCCAGUUAUAGGCCUCGAUAAAUGUUUGAAAGAAAAAUUCUUAGAGUCACCUUUUUUAUGGGAUAUACCUGAAAGACUCAGUGGUACACUGGCACUUAUAUUUAACCCACAAAAUGGGGAUGGAGAACUACUUUGGGGUCACACAACUAAAACUAUGUGUAUUGGAUACAUGUCAACAGAAACAGCUAAACCUAAGUGUAUCAUUUCCUACUUACCACCAAAAGUUGAUACCGGACGCAAGGCUGUUGUAUCUGGAGUGCCAUUCAAAAUUUCAUUACCACCAGUUCCUGUGCUACAGUGGGAAAUAAAGACUGAACAAAAUCUUAAUGGAUCUCUUUGACAUACGUUUAUUUUUUAUUAUAAAUUAUUGCUUUUAACCUUACAUGUAUUACUUAUUGCUUUAUAAAGUUUAUAUUUUUUUUUUUUAAAUAUAUAAAAAUAUAUU